CGUGUUUGUAGAUUUUUGCGAAAUCUUGCUCUUUGAAGUUUUCACAUGUUUAGAAUGGCUGAAGAAACUCCAAACGUGUUUCUCUUUUAUCCUAAUCUCAUUGGAUAUGGAAGGAUUGUGCUCGCCAUUAUCUCGUUCCGUGUAAUGGGUGAUAGUCCAGUCUUGGCUAUGCUUUGUUAUGCUGUGAGUGCGGGUUUGGACGCAAUUGAUGGGAUGGUCGCUCGAAAGUAUAACCAGAGCAGCCGUUUUGGAGCCAUGCUGGAUCAGCUCACAGACCGCUGUGGCACUAUGGCUUUGUGUAUGACAUUGUGCAGGUUCUAUCCGGCUUGGAUGUUCUGGAUUCAGCUGAGCACCGUGAUUGACAUUGCUUCACAUUGGCUCCAUCUUCAUGCAACUGAUCUCACUCGUGCUGAAACACACAAGAAGAGCGACAAUCCAAUCUUGCAUUUGUAUUACACGAAUCGCAUGUUCCUUGGAUUCAUGUGCGCAGGAAAUGAGGCAUUCUAUCUGAUUUUGUAUGUACGCGCUUUCCAUCCUGGUCCAUCCAUUUUUGGUGUUUAUCUGCUCUCAUAUCUGGCUGCUAUUGCAUUUCCAAUAGCGCUUGUCAAGUCGCUUAUCAGUCUUGUUCACCUAGUGACUGCUUCUCAGACAGUGGUAAAAUAUGAUACAGAUUUGAUCCUUAGCAGACGUCAACAGUCUUCAAAAACAGAAUGAUCACCACUAUAUCAGCUUGAACUCUGUUAGCAUAUUUUUGCCCCAAAAACUGUUUUGCAGCUUUAGACUCCAUUUGAUCUGCUACUGAAAUUUAUCUCUACCCUCAAUUCCAAAGAUGAUUGCCAUUUUGAAAGUUUGAUUUAUGUCCUGAUGAUAAUUUUAGUUAGUUAAAAUACUCCAGUUCUUCAUAUUUAGCUCCAUCUUCGUUGUUAUGAUACUAAUCAUUUUUGAAAUACUAUGUACUUAAACACUUAUUUAUUACCCGUGAAGUUUGAUAAUCUGUGAUAGUGG